AUGAACGACGAUAACCGGGGUUCGAUGGUGUCGGUGUCGGCGAUCGUGUUCACUGCCCUCUCCAUCUUUACUAUGCUACUGCGCGGCUAUGUCCGCGCGUAUAUGCUCAGGUCGUUUGGCUUCGACGAUUGGGUGAUGUUGCUGACGGUGGUCUUGUUUGUCAUCUAUAGCGUAUUCGCUCUGCUAGGCGUCCAAGCCGGCAUUGGUAGGCCGAUAUCAAGCCUCACCCUCGAAGCGGCAUCAACGGCUCUCAAGAACUGGUGGUUUUGCACGCUCUUCUACUCCCUCAGCAGCACUGCCCUCAAGGUUGCCAUCGGGUCGUUCCUCUUACGCGUCACGAAAGUCGAGGUUCAGGUGUAUAUACUCUGGGCGGCCAUGGCUUUGUCGGUCGCCUUUGGCACCUCCUUCUUUUUCUUCUACCUCUUCCGAUGCUCGCCUUUCGCUGCCUUCUGGGAUACAACCGGUGCCGUGGGCGGCACCUGCAUCCCCACCGUCUACCUCACCAACAUGACCUAUGCCCACGCUGCCAUCCUCUGUGUCGUCGACUGCACUUUCGCCAUCAUUCCUAGCUUCAUCGUGCGGGGGCUGCAGAUAAACCGCCGCUCAAAGGCCGUUGUCUGCUUCAUUCUCACCUUGGGGGCAGCGUAG